AGUACCGUCCAUGAUCUGACAGUCCACCGUGCAACUCCUGAGGAUAUUCUGCGUCGCCAUGAAAUACACAAAUCGAAAAACAAAGCACUGGCACAUCUGGAACUGCAAGAGAAAGCACUGAAAAGAAAAUGGAAGAAGCAAAAACAGCUGGCUGCUGAUUCCUUGGAGAAAAGGAAAUUGACUCUGAUGCGUGAGAUUCUGUCUGAUCAAUACCAUUUGGAAGAUGUAUUGGAACGAUCUGAUCAGGUUAUGGCCGUGGCAAAAGACUUGUUUGGGGAUGCUCCUCGCACACGAACAGGUAGACCAUCUUGUUUAUAUACUCUUAAUGAAGUGGAAGAGGAAGGCUUAUCAAUCUAUCAAACUGAAGAUGGACACCAUGACUCUCUGAAUUUCAAAUCCAGCAUCAAUUGUGACAGGCUACUCCGGUUAUUGAGAGAAGAAAAUUCCUUGGUGAAUUCUCAGUUGUGGGCUGAAAAGGAUGUGAGAAAAACUACUUUAUCACAGGAAUCAAAUGUGCCUUUGACUCCAACAGCUGUUUCUCCAUCAUUGGAUCAGUCAGCCCUCAAUGCUACCAAUGUAGUCAAGAGAACCCAUUCAAGACUUUGGAAUGAAGACGAAGAAGAGGCUGUAGACUCCACUUACACUGUGAGACAAGUGCUGAACCCGAACUCAAGGAAACAAAAGCAAAUUGCAGGAAAAAUGAAAAGAAAACAAACUGCACAGAGCUCCACAAGACAGAGGAGAGAUGAUUCUCCAGCUAAUUCAAUCCCUGUUGACCUUCGGAGGGACAACAAAUCCAGCCUAGACGUUCUCAACCGCAUGAUACAUGAAGUGGAGCAUGAAUUGGAGGAAUAUGAGCGAUGUACAGGUCGUGAAGUUCAAAAAACUGAGAGAAGUGAAGGCCUCACCGGGUUUACCUUGUCACUGGUGAAUGCUCUAUGUCGUUUGAUGCGCUACCUCAAAGAGAGUGAAGUGCAGCUGCGUGAGAAAGAGGUGAUGAGACAGCAGCAUGAGGAGAUGUUGAAUGAACACAGAGAACUGAUUGAUGCUCUGACUGCAGAAAUACUUCUAGUGAGGGAAGAAAACACUGCUAUACAGAAGAAGCUUCAGCAAUACAUGACGGCAACAGAUGAACAGCUGAUCUCUCUCACGCAAGCAUUUAAAGGCCUCCCUUUGGUAGAACCUAGAAGAGAACAAAGUCCAAACCAUUUUGGAGGAAUUGCAAGCAAAGGUCUCGUGAAUGGCCAAGAAAAACCUGAUUUGAGCUAUUUUGAGCCUAGGGCUGAUGCAGGCAACAGGGAAGGUAUGCUGAGAUUCCCACAGGAAGAACUUCCUUUCAAGUUUCUCCAGAGGUCAGGUGCUUCAGGUGGUGCAGGAGCUGGCAGAAGCUUGCCGUCUCACAUCUUCCAGCCAGCUGUGCUGUUGUCACCCCCGCGGCAGAAGAGCAGUCAGGAAUCGUCUCCCCUCCAGAACGUGUUUACAGCCAGUUCUCGGUCUCCUGAAAACACCGAAAGAGAGCCGUGCAAGGAAAGGAGCUCACCUUCCUCCCUGAGAACACAGAGCAUGACUGAAGAAAACUGUUUCCUCUCUCAAAGGCAACCAGCUCCUCCCGCAGACAAAGACUUGGGGAGUUCUCACGAGAAAAUCAGUCUGUCCUGCUCAGGUGACACCAGAAAAAACAGCCCAGCUGAAGGGUUGUUUCAAAACGGUGAUCUGCUGGGACAGAUAGCUGAGCUCACACGGCAGAACUCUCUAAUUAAAGCUCAACUGAGCAAAUUCAGAGCCUUCUCUGAAGACACAAGUGACUGCCUGCAUCAGCCAGACCCAGUACAAAAUGCAAAUCCUGGUCCAGACUCUUCCCAAGGACAGACUCAUCUCAUGGUAUCAAAGAGCUUGGAGGAAAGAAUAGCAGAGCUGAAUCGUCAGAGUACAGAAGCACGUGAUAAACUGUUGCAGCUAAUAGACCAGCAGAAAUCAGCUGCUGCUGAUACGGUCCCUCCAAUGACAUCUCCUGUUCUGCCCCCAUCCCUAAAUUGUACUGAAAAUGCAAGGAGGACAAUUGAAGUGUCUAUUCCCAUGGCAAUUCCUGUGGACAGCUCCAAAGAAGAUAGUGUUUCCCCUGCCAGUAUGACCAGCAUAAGAAGGUCUGUAGGAGACUCUAGCAAACCUUGUUCGCCCCUAAGUGCCACAUCUGAAAGUGUGAAAUUAACUCCGGUCAGCCAAAGGCCAAAGGUGGAAAAGCAAAAAGAAGGCGGCUGGUUCGCAUUGUCAAUGCACGUUAUGUAA